CAAGAAUUGAGACACAUCAUGAGCGCGUCUGGAAGUGCUUCCGGGGUGCUGAAUGCGGACCAGCAAAGCACCGUUGACAGUGCUAAGGUAGAUUUUCUUUGUUGUCGUUUGUGCAAAGCGGUGCUCCUCUUGCGUUUUCUUCUGCCGAUACUCGUUUAUUACGGUACGUCAAACCCAAAAGAAAAAAACCCUCCUACCAGGUCGCACAGCAAAUGAAGAACGAGAAGUAUCUAUCCUGAGUAAAAACGUACCCACACCAGAGUUGUAAUGCAGAUUUGCAAAGACAGGAAGACGCGUAAUGCGCAUCCCCAUGAGAGCCAUUUCCAAUCGUGUUUUGGAAUUUGUGAUGCUGUGAACAGGAUGAGCAGAUGAAUCUGUGACGCGGCUGCACUUGCUAACCUGCACUACACUGCAUAGCGCAACUUGUCAUGCGUGACUCACAAAACUCCUAGGUUUGUGUUGCAAAAUCCCCAUCCUGACUCAAAAUAAAAUAUGUACAACAGCUUUUGUCUAAAAAUGUAAGCGUCCAAAGGCGAUAGGAUGUACACAGCCAAUCUCCAAAAAGGAUUUGCGCGCCAUUUUUCCAGCAGCAUGCCGCUCAAGUGCCAACAGGGCGAGAGCCCUGCAAGACCGGGCGACGAAUGUAAGAAAUCGGGAAAAAAUGCCGUAUACCUGCGCAAUUCCUUAUAUGUGAAUAACAAGGUGGGCGGGCGGGGUUCUUCACAUUUUUGGAAACGCCCACCGCCCCGACUAGAAUAAUAAUAAGGAUUGUUCCCGCGCUUCAGGAGUAGUUCUGUUGCGUGAGGGCAGCAGAAGACGAGAAAAAGGUGUUGGCUUAGGGGGUUAAAUAUUUAGCCAUGUGUGAUGCAAAAAAUGAAAGGAAAUUCGCGCGUGGGAGCGCAUUAUUAAGCACAGCGGGCGGGUGCCGUUCCCGCCGUCACACAAUCGUUGAAAAUUGAAAAAUUUUGCAUAGGGCGUUCCCAGUAUCCGCGUUUACAUACGCGGGUUUGCAAAACCCGUUUGCAUAGGGCGUUCCCAGUAUCCGCGUUUACAUAGAUCCCGAUUAACGCGCACUAGGCGCAAUUAUCUCCAUACACAGUGGUCUCCUCCCUAUCUUUACUACCGUCAGGUGCAGCGGCUUUCUGCACAUCGCGCUUAGUCUCGACCCAUAUCAACCUCCCUUUGCUAUUCGUCCCACAGCAUAGCAACGUCCGCCGCGGCUUACGGCUAUAGACGUUAACUAUAUCGUGGGGAUUUUCUAUGCGUGUGUCCGGUCCGAGUUCGAAAAAGGGUUCAGGGGUGACCCCCCUGCUGGCAUGCACGGAUUUAUGUUUCCGACGGGUUUAGGGUUUUGAUUUGUAUGGACCAAUGCGGCGCGCACAUCGAUUUUCCUGGCAGUGUCGACCUGCUGUACACGGCGUAACCCCCGCCGAAUCACGAGCGGAAAGCGCAUCUGAAUCUGAAUCUGAAAUUAAUAAUUGGGGGCCGGGCAAAAAAAAAAAAAUCCCCAUCCUGACUCUGGUGUGGGUACGUUUUUACUCAGGAUAGUAUCUUCGGGAGCACCCGGAGAUCCAGGAUUUGCUGGGGAAGUUCGUGUAUCAAGUGUAAAAAUGUCUGGGUCUGGAAGAUUCUAAACUUGUAAUGCUGUCUCUGGAGUCUAGAAAAAUUUGUAUUGCAUGAUCAGCAUAAGGACUCCAGUUUGUGCUACGUGGAGAGGGCAUUUCUCAUGCGGUAGAGGCAUCGCAAAGUCCUCUAAAAAUCUGUGAUGCUAAGGCAUGCAUCACAGACAUCAUGGGUCACUCACUGUAUGCAUGACAAAGCUGGCGUCAAUCUUCCAGACCCAGACAUUUUUACAUUUGAUAUCGUGAACGCCGCCCUGCACGAGAAACCAGACGACGUUCUGAAAUUUGCCGGGCAUUUCUUUACAAAUCCAACCCUCAAGCAGGAAGUGGAAGCAGGGAAAAGCAGUGCGAGCACGUGAUGAAAAAUCUUGCGACGUUUAUUUUCUCGAUUUUGGCACAAUUUACGGUUUUGCUUUUGCGCGAGGAAACAACAAAGUUUCUCGUCGAAGAGACGGGUUUUUUUGAAGAAGCACCAGACUGCUAGGCUGCAAAACCAA